CAAGCGCACAACGUCUUCCUCCUUCUCUUCUUCCUGGCCUUGAAUACCACAUACAUCGCGCGCAAGAAGCACAAGCAGAAGCUGUUUGGCCGGCGCAGCAGCAGCGUCGUGCGUCCGCGCGCAGCUCCAACGCCCCAAACAUUUGCUAGGAAGAGCAGCACGUUAAACUCAACUUAGAUGCGACCCCCAGCUCACUCUCCCCACUUGUGACCGUCAACUCAUUUCCAUUUUGUUCGUUCUACUUCCUCUUGCAUGUGGCAUCGCGAACGCUCAGCAUUGUUUCAUCUUGUUUUUAUGUCGAACGAUGCUCGCGUUCUCUGCUCUGCCGUCUGAGCCUCGUGACCAGCCACUGCGUACGCAGAAGUAAACAAGGUGACCAUACUAGCUCUCCGACAGCUCCAACUCUCGUCUUUACUGCGUGAUAAGACGUAUCGCUGGCUUGUUGCUACAAUCAGACGACGUCUUCUGCAGGUCUUCGAUAAUGUCGAGCGAAACAUCGCCCACGAGGAGGAACUCCGAGAUAUCCAGGCACGAGCAGAGCUCUGGUGGUCCUCCUGAUGUCUCGACGCCGUCCCAGAGCCAGAGCUCGAGCGCUCACUUCGGCUCCGCCAGUCAGAUGUCGGACACUCCGCGAAGGAGACCGCCCGUUCUAGGAUCCCAGGCUCAAGUCGAGGGCUACGGCACCAUCAACACGAACCCACGCUCUUCGCGGACAUCCCAGAGGCCCAAGCCAUCCCGGCGUUCGACAUCAACACACGUGCCUCACAAGGGCCAGGAAUUCUCUGUUGACGACGACGAGGACGAGGUCGACGAGGAGCUUGAGCGCAAGAGGGAGCAGGAACGCGAAGAGAGGAAGGCGGCCAGGAUUCAGUCCUUGCGCCGUCAAGCUUCUACCGUUCGACGCCGUCCUGCGGCUCAGGCACCUAACCUGGCCAAGGUUGACUCUGAGGGCGACGAGGACGGGGAAGGGGAUCGAGCUGCCCCGGCAGCCGCAUCUGCAGCGUCGGCGUCGGCGCCGACGUUGGCAUCUGGAUCGGCUCCUCCCGCAGCAGGCGACUUGCCUGUCUCGUCUGGCGAGGAAGUGACACUUCAAGGAGAAGAGUCGGCGGAUAUACUCGAUGACUGUGUCGAGGAUGAAGAGGACGAUGAAGGCGCUGUCAGUGAGGCAGAAAGCUUCACGCUAAAGGACCGUCAAGAUGCCAUCAAUGUCACGCAUCCGUUCGGUAUACGCAUUUGGAAGCCUGCUCUAUACAAGAAGGGCCGCUCGGUUCAGCGUAACGCCGAAGCUGAUAUCCACUCUACUCCAGGGGGCAAUGUCAACGCAUGGCUCUUCGUUUUUAACUACCUCUGGACUGUCUGCUUUGGCUGGUGGCUUGGCUUACUCUGCUUAGCUGGAGCAUUGCUGUGUGUGCUCGUCAGUCUCGUGUCUGAAUCCUGCAUGGCCUAUGCCGUCGUGCUCUGGGGAUUAGGCCGCUAUCUUAUCUAUCCUUUUGGCAAGUUUGUCACCCUGGUUCAAGACGAAGCGUAUGCGGAGGAGGAUGAAGGCGAGGGUCGAAGUAUCAGCGAGUAUGAGCAAUGGCAGAGUGGUGACCUGGAGGAAGGUCGCCUAUUCUUUGGCCCCGUCCAAGUCAGCCGAUCGCUUAUCGGGCGACGAAGAACGAGUGUCGAAUCCGCCAGCGAAACCCAGAGCUUAUUGGGAAGACACGGCCGCAAUGCAUCCACUGUCGCGGGUGGAUCACGUACUAAGCGCAGGAUGUUUGGUCGCGGCAAGUGGAACUUCGGUCGCAUCGUCUUCUACAUGUACUUCUACGGGCUGAUCACUCCAGCGCUUAUGCUCGUGUCGUGCAUCUGCUGGUUCUUGGUCUUCUCCAUCCCGAUGGGCAAAGUAACUCUGCUACUAUUUGAUCACCUCCGUCGGCAUCCUCUUGCUCUGUCCUUCCACGCCGCUGGCAAGGACGUCAGACACCCUGACGGUCCUCCUUCGUCCGUAUUGGUCUGCACAUACAGAGCCGCUGGCCUGAAGUAUUGGAAGUACACUAUAGACGGGACGAACAUCAUGCUCAUCAAUCUUCUAGCCAUUGUGGUAUUCACAAUCUUCGACUUUUACGUCCUGAAUGAAGCUUUGGGACUUCGGAGCCCAAUCACGGGAGAUGCGUUCAUCUUCGUCACCGCGCUUGCAUCCAUCAUGCCACUUGCCUACUUUAUCGGACAGGCGGUUGCAUCCAUUUCGGCGCAGUCGAGUAUGGGACUCGGUGCUGCGGUGAAUGCCUUCUUUUCAACGGUGGUUGAAGUGUUCCUGUACUGUGUCGCACUGAAAGAUGGGAAACAUCAGCUUGUAGAGGGCAGCAUUAUUGGGAGCAUAUUUGCCGCCAUACUGCUUCUACCAGGAUUGUCCAUGUGCUUUGGUGCGCUUAAAAGAAAGACACAGCGCUUCAAUGUCAAAUCUGCUGGCGUUACGUCUACCAUGCUUCUCUUCGCCAUGAUAGGUGCCUUUUCGCCAACCUUGUUCUACCAAAUUUACGGAAGUCAUGAAUUGAAAUGCUCCGACUGUGAUCCCGACGACAGGCGUUCAGAAGAUCGAGAUUGCCGUCGUUGCUUCUUUGCUCAAGUUCCAGCUGUGCACGACAGCUUCUAUCAGGAUGCGGUGCUUCCGUAUAUUUACUUCUCAGCUGUCACAUUGUUCCUCUCGUACAUCAUUGGAUUGUUGUUCACUCUUCGCACGCAUGCAGCUGUGAUUUGGAACACUGAGGUAGACGAGAAAAAGGGCGCCAGCAUGGAAACAAGCCAUACGUCCGCGUCAGCUGCGCACCCACAUCCUGCGUCGGAAGGACUUGACAGGCUUGGAUUGACACGGCAGACGACUGCUGGAUCCCUGGAUCGUGACGUUCGAAAUUCGGCGCUGUAUCAACGCAUUCUAGGACAGUCCUUACGGCAUGCAGGAGUUUCAUCACCCACUGCUGAUAUCCCUGGGACGGUCAAGAUGUCACGGCCAGGCCCGCCUUCGGCAGAUGGGGAGCCAACUGGUGUCAAAUCUCCGCACAUUGUCCCGCCAAAGAGCAGAGAUGGCGAGGCGCCUCCUGCCUUUCAUCUUCACGGACUUUCCGACGCAGAUAAUCGGGCCCUCAUUCGUGAAGUGGCGGAACUGGCUGCCACCGCAGCCACGGUUGCUGCUCGCGACGCCCAGACACGACAACCCCACCACCACCGCACUGGUACGGCCGGUCGACAGCAUCGUUCUGCUCACGAGCAAAGUGCUCAAGAUGCACGCAUUCAUGAGAUGGGUGGGGCGCCGGAGAUUGGCGGUCACGCGGCCUCCGGUGGGCAUGAUGCGCCGAAUUGGGGUCGCUCUAAAUCGGUCAUCAUACUGUUGGUUGCUACCCUCGCUUACGCGAUUAUCGCUGAGAUCCUCGUUGACACUGUGGAUUCUGUCCUGGACAACGUGGACAUUGACGAAAAAUUUCUUGGAAUCACCCUCUUUGCUCUUGUACCGAAUACGACCGAGUUCCUGAACGCAAUCAGUUUUGCGAUGAAUGGAAACAUUGCGCUAAGUAUGGAGAUUGGAUCGGCGUACGCGCUUCAGGUGUGCUUGCUCCAGAUUCCUGCGUUGGUGGCGUACUCGGCGAUCUGGGGUAGAUUCAUCAAUCCCGAAGACGUCAUAGAUCACACUUUUACGUUGAUAUUCCCUCAGUGGGACAUGGUCACAGUAAUCCUCUGCAUUUUCCUUCUCUCGUACAUGUACGGUGAAGGCAAGAGCAAUUAUUUCAAAGGGUCUAUUCUGAUACUCAGCUAUCUUGUUGUCGUGCUGGGCUUCUACUUUUCGAGUUAUGAGAACGGGGGAGUCGAUGCAAUGGACACGCUUGCGCUAGGGAUCAGUCCACUCAGUCCAGCUUGGAGGUCAGUCAAGCAGCACGGGUUCGAGAUGAGAGGACGCGAACUAUAAGCACAUUGUGCGACGAAUGACAGCAAGGCAUGUCAUACUUUGUAGAAUUAGGGUAAAAAUUUUGUGAGGUGUAACCCAGGGCAUGGCGCGGCGCAGAACGGAUAUAAGCUUUAUUGGGCGUAUGAUCUAAAACAGGCACUUGGGCUGACAACUCAUCGGGCUUUGAAAUUCAUUAAUAUCAUUUCUCUAUCUUGC